AUGACAGGCAAUGGGAUGAAUUAUUCAAUACACAACUCUAUGGUAUACCCUCAACCAGCUCGGCAACAACAGCAAACAGCAAAUUUCUACGGUCGAGGCUAUCCCAGUUCGUUUCCUCAGCCAACAGUAUCGACUUAUGGUGCCUAUCCAAUGUAUUCAUCACCAUACAAUCACUACGAUCCGAUCAUUCCGUCAACUGUCGAAACACUUGCUGCUUUUGCUCAUCCCAAUGAAUCAUCGAUAGUCAAUAAUUCUCAGGCAGAUUUAACUUCGACAAAAUCUCUGCAGCUGUCGACACGCCGUGUAGGAAAAGAUAAUGUCUCUCGAAUGUAUUACUGUGAAGCAUGCCGUAUUGCAUGCGGUGGCUAUGCAACAUAUCAAGCGCAUUUAAAAGGAACGAAACAUAGGAAAAAGGAGCUUAGCACGCAGAAUCAACAAACAGGUGUGAAUAUUCUUCGCUGUGAAUUAUGUGAUAUAACAUGUACAAGUUCCGAUGCCUACAAAGCACACUUGGAAGGAAAUAAACAUGAAAAAGCGAUGAAAUUACAUCGUAAAUUAGGGAAGACGAUUCCGUCUGUUGAACCGCAAAUCUUAAAUUCCUCGCAGCCAACAAAUCCUUCCCAAUCAACUCUCAAUGGUUCUCAGAUAUCAUCAGCUCCUGAUCAACAGAUUACUCUGUCUCGCUUACUAGAAAAUAGUAAUAAACCAAUUGGUGAAGAAUACAUUGAAACAACAUGCGAUGCAAACAAUAAACCAGUCCUAUAUCAUUGUAAAUUAUGUGAAUGUACGUUCAAUGAUAUCAAAGGGAAGGAUGUACAUUUGAAAGGAAAACGUCAUCGACUUUCGUAUAAAAAGAAAGUCAAUCCAAAUUUUGUCGUGGAUAAUAACUCCAAUAAUAAAUUAUCUAGUACAAAGCAAAAAACUGCAAAUAGUAAUUCUAUUCUUUCAAAUACUCUCACUGUCGAUCAGUCGAAUAUGCAAAACGCGGCAAAUACGAUAAAUCAAGACGAACUUGAUGAUGAUACGAAAUAUUUGAUGCAAUUACAUAAACAAAUAGUCCCUUCGCCACAAUUACUUCAAACCAUUGAACAAUUCGUCAGCACUGUUGAAUCAGCUCUAAAAGCGUGUUCUGAGCAACUUCACAUCAUGCCAAGCGACGCAAGUCUUUCGAUAGCAGAGACAGCAACCAAUCAAUCUAUAUUGAUGGGUGUCUCUCGAAUCGGCGUGCUUGGCAAGAGUUUGAUCGUCAAUACCGAUCGUCUUUUUGAUAUUGUCGUCAUUUGCGCACAAUGGCCAACGAGAAAUCUUUUACAAACAGUUGCAACCGUCCUACUCGAUAACUGCGAUAAGAAAUGGAAAGAUCAGAUUCAAAUAGAUUACCAACCGAAUAUGGAAACAAUUGAAUUGCAUACGAUUUCAACAGAAAGAAUUUUAUAUCUCUCGAUUUCUUUCACUUCUUUAACUGUUCAACAAAAACCUUGUGAAGAUCAAUCGGAUGAAUUCUUAUCAAGAACCAACUGCUUAAAUGUCCUAUAUUCAUUGCAUUCGACACGCUGGUUUCAAAAUCAAGUCAGUGUUCGUCAACACGCAUCAGCAUUGAUUCGCUGUUUACGGUAUAAAUCAACAGCUACACCUCGAUGGCAGUCGUUGUCGUCCGAAGCUUUAGAGAUUCUCAUUUAUUCGAGUUUGUCUCAAUGUCCGUCAGCUAUCAAUGCCUUCCGUCGAGUUUUACAAUACCUUUCCGGUGGUCUCAUCUUAUCAAAUAACUGUACUUUGCAUGUGCCUUGGCAAACUGAUUCGAAUAAAGAUGUUUUCGAAGAUUUAACAAAUCUUCAACGGAAUGACAUCACUCAAGAAGCUCAACUCGGUUUACGUCUCCUUUCGUUCAACCAGCUGACAAAAUGGUUUGAGCCACCAUCCGGAAAACGAUCUUAUUCAGAAGUUGAUGAAUAUGAAAUUCCAACAAAGCGACAAUGUAUAAAUUCAUCGUAG